UGAUGCACAAAUCCUACCAGCCGCUAAAACCCUCGACCAACAAAUACCUGCAGCAGAGAUGGGACCAGACGCGCUAUGAGGACCACCGCAGCAAGGUGCGAGAGGCCAAACCCGUGGUCAACACCAAGGGCAUCCAAACGCCUGCACAUAUUCAACAGAAACUGAAGAAAAUCCAGGUGCAGGACGAGAGGAUGUUCACCAUUGAGAGAGACAAUCAUCUCCUGGCGUCCGAACUGGCUGCGAUCUCUCGCUCCAAAGGCCGCGUGGACCACAGGAACAUUUACCCAGAGUGCAGUCUGAAUGCUGAGAAAAGGAGGGAGGAGCUUCUUCAGGUGACUCAUGAAAACCAGGCGAUCUACAAGCGAAUCACGACGCAGAAAUCCGACUACAGGAGGGAUCUCUGGGAAGAAGACUGGGAAAAAGUGGAGCGGAGGAGAGACGACAUUGCACGCUAUCCACGAGGAGUGAGCAAUAAACAGAAAUCUACAAAGUGUGUGAAGUUCUCUGGAGGGACGUCUGGACAGAGUCAGCGCUCAUCCAGCGGUGUUGAAGAUGACAGCGGGGAAACCACAGACGAUUUAACACACCAACACUCACCACAACCAGCCACAAGAACAACAGAGUUACACUAAACA